AUGGCAGACAAAUUCGACGAGGCUACCCAGAAGGAGCUCAACACAUUCUUGGAGACUGCGCAGGCGCAGGCGCGUCUCCAGUCCACUAUUUCUACGUUGACGAGUACAUGCUGGGACAAAUGCAUCACAGGUACCCCUUCGACGCGGUUCUCUCGCGGGGAAGAAAGCUGCCUCGCAAACUGCGUGGAACGAUUCUUGGACACGAGUAUCUAUCUCGUCGGACGGCUUGAGGAGCAGAGAAACCAGGCCGGCGCAUCAUCAUAA